UACGCAAAUAAGAACUCGGCGAUUCCCCUCCUGUCGCUUUGAUUUCGGGCACCUCCAACAGAUAAUUGGGAAGGGUUUCCAGAAGGUGGGAAAUGUCACCUGAUUCACACUGAACUUUUAAAAGCUCCCCACCCCCAAGGAGCCGCGCACACCCUUGCUCGCGGCCGCCCUCCCACUGCCCCACACACUGGGAGACCGCCCACCGCAAACCGCGGAGACCCCCGUCUAGAUUUAAAGCGCGGCUGCGCCCGGCUUCUGACGUCCAUUGAAUCGCGCGGGCGGCCGGCGGCGAGCGCGGGGCUGCGCCGGGAUCGCUGCGCCCUCCGCCGCUCGCCUUUGCGACGCGCGCCGCUCGUCCGAGCCACCCGCCGCCGCGCCCGCUCCCCGCGCCGCCGCGCUCCUCGCCCCGCGUCUGCCCCCAGGAUGGCCGGUCCCAGGCACCAGCCCGGCGGGCUUUGCCUCCUGCUGCUGCUGCUCUGCCAGUUCAUGGAGGACCGCAGCGCCCAGGCUGGGAAUUGCUGGCUCCGCCAAGCCAAGAACGGCCGCUGCCAGGUCCUAUACAAGACAGAACUGAGCAAGGAGGAGUGCUGCAGCACGGGCCGCCUCAGCACCUCCUGGACGGAGGAGGAUGUAAAUGACAACACGCUCUUCAAGUGGAUGAUUUUCAAUGGGGGCGCCCCCAACUGCAUCCCCUGUAAAGAGACCUGCGAGAACGUGGACUGCGGCCCGGGGAAAAAAUGCCGAAUGAACAAAAAGAACAAACCCCGUUGCGUCUGUGCCCCAGAUUGUUCCAACAUCACCUGGAAGGGCCCGGUGUGUGGGCUGGACGGGAAAACCUACCGCAACGAGUGUGCGCUCCUCAAGGCCAGAUGUAAAGAGCAGCCGGAACUGGAAGUCCAGUACCAGGGCAAAUGUAAAAAGACAUGUCGGGAUGUUUUCUGUCCAGGCAGCUCCACGUGCGUGGUAGACCAGACUAAUAAUGCCUACUGUGUGACAUGUAACCGGAUUUGCCCAGAGCCCACCUCCUCUGAACAAUAUCUCUGUGGGAACGAUGGAGUGACCUACUCCAGUGCCUGUCAUCUGAGGAAGGCUACCUGCCUCCUGGGCAGAUCGAUUGGAUUAGCCUAUGAGGGAAAGUGUAUCAAAGCAAAGUCCUGUGAAGAUAUCCAGUGCACCGGUGGAAAAAAGUGUUUAUGGGAUUUCAAGGUUGGCAGAGGCCGGUGUUCCCUCUGCGAUGAGCUGUGCCCUGAGAGUAAGUCUGAGGAGCCUGUGUGUGCCAGCGACAAUGCUACUUAUGCCAGCGAGUGUGCCAUGAAGGAAGCUGCCUGCUCCUCAGGUGUGCUGCUGGAAGUAAAACACUCCGGAUCUUGCAACUGAAUCUGCCCGUAAAACCUGAGCCAUUGAUUCUUCAGAACUUUCUGCAGUUUUUGACUUCAUAGAUUAUGUUUAAAACAAAAAUUUUUUUAAACUUAUUGCAUAACAGCAGAUGCCAAAACCAAAGCAUCUCACUUCAAGUCACAUAAAAAUGCAACGCUGUAAUAUGGCUGUAUCAGAGGGCUUUGAAAACAUACACUGAGCUGCUUCUGCGCUGUUGUUGUCCGUAUUUAAACAACAGCUCCCCUGUAUUCCCCC